UAUAGUGAAAGAAGAAGAUUCAUUUCGCACAGCCGUUCUGCGCUCUCUAGCAUGUCGCAAUGUUUGAAUUUAGACUUCCCCGUGAUUAAGCGUGAUUUGCUACGCUCUCGGCGCGAUUGCGCUCUGCGAGGACUGCGACAGAGCGCAAAGUGGGCGUCCGAGCUCGCGUACGCCCUGCGUGAUGUCGAGGCGAGUCCGCCGGACCAGGCGGCGUCCGACCACGACGACGACUUGGACGACUCGUACUUCCUCGCCAAGAGCUACCUGGACCUCCAGGAGUACGACCGCGUCGCGUACUUCACCAAGAACGCCAGUGGGACGACGCGGUUUCUCCACUACUACGCCAGGUACCUCUCGGACGAGAAAAAGCGACUGGACGACACCGUCGAGCCGAUCACGGCUACGGACCGCGGGGCGAGCCAGGAGCUCAAAGACCUGCAGGCUGAGUUGAGGGCCCUGCGGCCCAAGCUGGACGGCUUCUGCCUCUACAUCUAUGGCGUGGUCCUCAAGCGGCUCCAGCUGCGGCAGCAAGCUAUCGACGUCUUCGUCGAGGCUGUGCAAGCCGAGCCCCUGCACUGGGGUGCCUGGCUGGAGCUGUCCUCAAUGGUGGCUGACUGCGACCACCUGCGAAGCCUCGUUCUGCCCGACCAUUGGAUGAAGCAGUUCUUCCUCGGCCACACCUACCUCGAGUUGCAGCUCAGUGAGGAGGUGCUUGAGACAUACGAGCAGCUGCAGAAGGGACCCUUCCUUGAGAGCACGUACCUUAUGGCACAGGUCGCCAUCGCCUACCACAACAUGCGGGUAGUCGACAAGGCCAUCGAGUGCUUCCAGAAGCUGCGCAAGGUUGACCCGUACCGGCUGGACAACAUGGACAUCUAUUCCAACCUGCUCUACGUCAAGGAGCUGCGUGUUGAGCUGAGCCACCUGGCCCAUAGCGUGUGCGCCAUUGACAAGUACAGGCCCGAGACAUGCUGCGUCAUCGGCAACUUCUACUCGCUCCGCUCGCAGCACGAGAAGGCCGUCCUCUACUUCGGCCGCGCGCUGCGGCUCAACCCGAACUACUUCGCGGCGUGGACUCUCAUGGGCCACGAGUACAUGGAGAUGAAGAACACCAAUGCCGCCAUCCAGUCGUACCGGCAGGCCAUCGAGGUGAACCGCCGGGACUUUCGGGCCUGGUACGGUCUGGGCCAGACCUACGAGAUACUCAAGAUGCCGAACUACUGCCUCUACUAUUACAGGCAAGCACAGGAGCUGCGGCCCAAUGACUCGCGCAUGAUGGUGGCACUGGGCGAGGCGUACGAAAAGCUGGACAAGCACCACGAGGCCAAGAAGUGCUUCUGGCGGGCCCACUCUCUCGGUGACUUUGAGGGGCUCGCCCUGUUCAGGCUGGCGCGUGUCUAUGAGUGCCUCGGCGAGUGUGAACAGGCCUGCGCAGCAUUCACCGACUACGUACGGCAGUGCGAGAGCCAGUGCUACCGGGCAGACCGCGAGGACCUGGCUCACGCCUGCCGCUUCCUGGCCAGGCACCACCUGGCCCAGAAGGACCUGGAUGCGGCGUAUGAGUACGCGCACAAGUGCACCGAUUUUCCUGAGACCAAGGAGGAAGCGCAGGGCCUGCUCAAGCAGAUGACGGACGCCCGGGUGCUCCUUGAACAGGGCUUGGCAGGCGGGGACAUGCAUAUCGAGGAGGACGAAGAGGACGACGAGUCGCUCCUCACCGGUCGAGACUUGCUUGUCUGCGAGGUCACGGACAUUGGGGACUUCAGGACUCCGAACAAGUGAUCGCUGUUGUGUAGAUGAAAACUGAGGCAGCGGCUAGUCCGGUGACAUGUGCGUCUUUA